UGUAAUGAUAUUGUUUGCAGUGAUGCUCAGAGAGCAGGCACCUGCUGCUCUGUAAUGAUUCAGCCUCUUUCAGCUGUCGCUUUAACACAACAGGAUGCUGUUGCUACUGUCACUGUUACCUCUGCCGCUGCUGCCGCCGUUGCUGCUGUUCCUGAUUUUGCUUUUGCUUCUGCUGCAUGACAGUUGUUUUCUUCAUCUAAGCAGACACCAGCCUCAGAUGCUCAAGGUGAGGAGCCAGCCUUUCGCUUUGGGCUAUUGGUUCACUUAAUCCAACUAUUUGUGCUUUGUUUGGUGCAGUCCCCCCCCUUGCACCACCCCCACCACUCCCCUCGGAAGAGUUGGGAUGGCUUGAGAGGCAUUGAAGGAAUUAUAAAAGUGGCCAGGAAAUGGGACCUAAAUAAUUACUAAGCAACUCUAUUUCUUAUUUAAUAGGCGAGGGGGGUUUUAUUUUUAUCCUCUCCCAGUUCAGAUGAUGAUCUGGAACCUGGACUCUCUACUGACUUCCACUAUAUGAUUUUUUCCAGAGUUGGGUGAUUUGAUUUUUCCCUGUCUCAUAGUAAUGGACUGUGAUAGAGUUAAGGCCUUUUGGAGGUGAGCUGGCUGAGAUUUUUAUGCUUAAAUAUGUCUGAAGUAUCUGCAGAGACUUUUCCCCACUCCUCGACUCAGCUGAACCCUGCCGCGUCUCUCGAAGGGCUCCCAGCUGAGGACAACAUGUCAGGGAUGCAAACAGAGGACGGGAGGGUCCAGGCAAUAGCAGGCCUUGCUGCUACUUGCUGCGUGUGCCUGGAGGCAGAGCGAUUGAGGGGCUGCCUCAACUCUGAAAAGAUCUGCAUCGUCCCUAUCCUGGCUUGCCUGCUCAGCCUGUGCCUCUGCAUUGCUGGCCUCAAGUGGGUGUUUGUAGACAAAAUUUUUGAGUAUGACUCUCCUACCCACCUAAACCCGGGGAGGAUAGGACAAGACCCAGUGAUUUCAGUGGAACCUACUGCUCUGUCUGCUUGGGUGCCUUCGGUGGUGCAUACCUCACCUUUCCCAGUACCGAGCCCUGAAACCAAGGUUGAAGUUACAGCGCAAGCUGAUAGUUCGCUAGUGCCCUCCAAGCCUUUUCUCUUGCCUUCUCCGCAUAACCGUGUCUUAGAUUUUUCAUUGUUGUCCUCUACCGCAUCUUCCUUCCCUCCGCCCACGCUGGAGCCUGAGGUGAGAGAGGCUGCCACCCUUUCUCAGGCACAAACAACAGAAACUAAUCUCCAAAUCCUUCCAAAACUUUCCACUUCUACAUCGACUACUGGCACAAGUCAUCUCACAAAAUGUGACGUAAAGCAGAAAGCCUUCUGUGUCAAUGGGGGGGAGUGUUACAUGGUCAAAGACCUUCCAAACCCCCCACGAUAUUUGUGCAGGUGCCCAAAUGAAUUUACUGGUGAUCGCUGCCAAAACUACGUAAUGGCCAGCUUCUACAAGCAUCUUGGGAUUGAAUUUAUGGAAGCAGAGGAACUAUACCAGAAAAGGGUCUUGACCAUAACUGGCAUCUGCAUUGCUCUCCUUGUAGUUGGCAUCGUAUGUGUUGUGGCCUACUGCAAAACCAAGAAGCAACGGAAAAAGUUGCAUGAUCAUCUUAGGCAGAGCCUUCGCUCUGAGCAGAACAACAUGGUGAACAUGGCCAAUGGGCCCCACCAUCCCAAUCCACCGCCCGAAAACGUCCAGCUGGUAAAUCAGUAUGUAUCUAAAAAUGUAAUAUCCAGUGAACACGUCAUUGAGAGAGAGACAGAGAUGUCGUUUUCCACAAGUCACUACACCUCGACAACGCAUCACUCCACCACUGUCACCCAGACGCCCAGCCAUAGUUGGAGUAACGGUCAGACAGAAAGCAUUAUCUCAGAAAGCCACUCCGUGCUUGUGAGUUCUUCUGUAGAGGACAGCAGGCACACGAGCCCAGCAGGAGCCAGAGGACGCCUCAGUGGCAUAGGAGGUCCACGAGAUUGCAACAGCUUCCUGAGGCAUGCAAGAGAGACCCCUGACUCCUACCGAGAUUCGCCUCACAGCGAAAGGUAUGUAUCAGCUAUGACCACACCGGCUCGCAUGUCACCUGUUGAUUUCCACACUCCAAGUUCUCCAAAGUCCCCCCCUUCAGAAAUGUCUCCACCGGUAUCCAGCUUAACUGUAUCUGUCCCCUCUGUGGCGGUCAGUCCCUUUAUGGAAGAGGAGAGGCCUCUGCUUCUGGUGACGCCUCCUCGGUUACGGGAGAAGUAUGACCAUCACAUUCAGCAGUUCAAUUCCUUCCACCACAACCCCGCCCAUGAGAGCAACAGUCCACCACCUAGUCCUCUGAGGAUAGUAGAGGAUGAGGAAUAUGAGACCACACAGGAGUAUGAGCCAGCACAGGAGCCUCCAAAGAAACUAGUCAACAGCCGGAGGGCAAAAAGAACAAAGCCCAACGGCCACAUUUCCAACAGAUUAGAAGUGGACACCGACACGAGCUCUGAGAGCAGUAGCUCGGAGAGUGAAACAGAAGACGAAAGAAUAGGUGAGGAUACACCUUUCCUGAGCAUACAGAACCCCAUGGCAACCAGCCUAGAGGCAGCCACUGCAUACCGACUGGCUGACAGCAGGACUAACCCAACUAGCCGGUUCUCCACACAGGAAGAAUUACAAGCAAGGUUGUCCAGUGUAAUAGCUAAUCAAGACCCUAUUGCUGUAUAAAACAUAAACAAAACGCAUAGAUUCACAUGUAAAACUUUAUUUUAUAUAAUGAAGUAUUCCACCUUUAAAUUAAACAAUUUAUUUUAUUUUAGCAAAUUCCACUAAUAGAAAACAGGAGGGGGAAAAAAACUUUUAUAAAUUAAAUAUAUGUAUGUACAAAUGUGUUAUGUGCCAUAUGUAGCAAUUUUUUACAGUAUUUCAAAAAUGAGAAAGAUAUCAAUGGUGCCUUUAUGUUAUAUUAUGUUGAGAGCAAGUUUUGUACUGUUACAGUAAUUGCUGUUCCAUGGUAUUUUGCAGAAUCUUCCGACCUUCAGUUCUCCUGGCUUUUUUGUGCAUUGCGUUAUGGUAACUGGAGGUAUGGUUUGCAAGAAUUGCGAAAGUCCCUAUGUUUGCUUGUAGUGGACUGCCCCCCAAAUCAAAAUACUCUGUGAUGACAUACCCACCAACAAAACAAGACUGUUUUCUUCUAUAAGAGAUUUCAUUUGCUUUCCGUAUCUGAAAUGAGUUGUGUCUGCUUUCUGCCAGCCAAAAGGUUUGCUUCAUUGGGCACUGGAAUAAUAGUACAGCCAAAGCAUGCUACUAUUAAUGACAGCAGGAUAACAAAAAUUGCAUUAAAUAAUGUUACAUAUUCGAAAGAGAGUAAUACUGUGAUUUUAAACUGAAUGUAUUAUUAAUCAGAAAUCACUUGUACUCGCUAGGAACUGUCAUUACAUUUUUUUCCAGAUAUUAAUUGUCCUAGUUAUCUCUUAGAAAAUGGGCUCAGAGUAGCAGAGGCUAUGAACCCAGUAGUUUACAAAAAACAAGAUUUCCAUUAGCUUAAGUUGCUGGGAAAAAUACACCAGGUAUCUGUAACCAGACAAGGAAAAGAACUAGCUGGAAAAAAAAAAAGCCACUAAUAAAAGUGCAGCCAUUUUUACCUGUAUUUUUAAUGUUGAUUUUUAAUAAACAAGUUAUUCUUUG